AUGUUGCUGUGGUGCACGGACGCGGUGGAGGUAGAGGUGAUCUCGGCGGCGGAGAAACCGUUUUCUCUGAGCGCCACGCUUCGGCUGCACACGGUCAGCCAGGUGAUCAACGCCUCCAUGUCCAUGGCUCGAGACUCGGCCAUGGAUCCGUUCACUUGGAGGCUCUCGGCUUCUGGUCCCGACGGACAGGCCUUGCUGACAUUCCACAAUUUCGGCUUCCCGUUCCUGUGGCACCGGCUUGACUGGAAGAUCGACAAUCUGUCAACAUCGGAGCAGCUCUAUGGCUCUGGCGAAUCAACGUUUGAGCAUCAGCUGGGCAGCUUCCGAGAGGCUGUGCGAGGUCGCCGUCAGGACUGGUUGAAGUCCAGGACUUGUAAAUUUAUUUUCUAUUGA